AUGACUUUCGUUCUUCAUCGUCUCGAUGCAGAGUUCCGAUCAUCGUCACCGGUUAACGACUUCUCCACCCUUUACGCUCCCCUCAUCCGUGACGGACGUAUGGAGAAAUUCUACUGGGCUCCGACGAGAGAAGGCAUAAUCGGUGUCUGCAUCGGAAUCUUCAAAACCGAUGGUCUCUCUCCUGAAGGUGUUACGAAGCUCGUCGACACUUUUCCAAGACAAUCCAUCGUGAGGGAGUGGAUUGGAGGUAUCGGAGUGGAAGGCAUAGGGAAGAGGCUUGUGAACUCAAGGGAAGGGCCUCCGACAUUUGAACAACCGAAGAUAACAGUUGAGAAGCUGUUGGAGUAUGGGAACAUGUUGGUUCAAGAACAGGAUAAUGUGAAGAGAGUGCAGUUGGCGGAGACUUAUUUGGACUCGGCGGCGCUCGUAGAUGCUAACAGGGAUUCCAUUGCUAGAGGAGAGUUCUAUGGUGAGCUUAGUUAA